AUGUGUCGGUUCAUGGUGUACAAGGGCAAGGAGCCCAUCCUUCUUUCCACUUUGAUUCUAGACCCAGCGCAUUCCAUCCUUACACAAUCCUACGACUCGCGACUCCGCCUAGACACACGACGACCUCACAAUGGCGACGGCUUUGGCGUUGGCUACUACACCCCUCCUUCGUUGCUCGCCCUGCUCGGCCCGGACCCGUGCAUCUUCACCUCGACCAUCCCUGCUUGGAACUGCACCAACCUGACGCGCUUGGCCAGCAAGACUGUCUCGCCCCUCAUCUUCGCCCACGUCCGCGCAAGUACCGAAGGCGCCCUCGCCGAGAGCAACUGCCACCCCUUCAGCCGCGGCUGCUUGAUGUUCAUGCACAACGGAGGAGUAGGAAGCUGGAACAGUGGUGUCAAGCGCAAGUUGGUCAGCGACGUUGGCGACCGCUGGUUCGGUGGUGUUACUGGCAGCACCGACUCUGAGUGGUGCUUUGCCCUGUUCCUCGACAGCCUUGAAAAAUUGGGCUACGAUCCGGACAACAACGAGGCUCAGACGAAUGGCUUCGGCCACAGCGUUCUGCGCAAGGCCAUCCUCAAGACCAUCGAGCGCAUCAACGGCUACAUCAAAGAGCUGCCCGAACACGUCAGAGAAGGCGACACGCGCAGUCUGCUCAACUUUGCCGUCACCGAUGGCAAGAGUGUUGUCUGCACGCGCUACGUCAGCAGCAAGACCGACGAGGCUGCCAGCCUGUUCUUCAGUUCAGGCACCAGCUGGAAGAAGCAGAACGGCCCUUCAGCCGAGAAGGCCGACUACACCAUGGAACGCCGUGACAGAGGCGCCGACAUUGUCCUUGUCGCCAGCGAACCCCUGACCUUCGAACGCGACAACUGGGUCACCGUCCCUACCAACAGUACCGUCACCAUCCACAACCAGACCGUCCUCAUCCAUCCCAUCAUCGACGACUUCUACAACCCAUCUCCUAGCUUCAAGCGCAGCUCCAAAUUCGCCGAGACAAAGGGACAGACCACCACUGAGAUGGCGAAAGCUUCGAUCGAUUCUGCCCCUGAGAAUCUUGUCCAAGCCGCGGCCUGA